AUGGCGACAGCUAGCAGCCCGUCGAGGAUCGUUUCCAAGGAGGAUCUGGAUGCCGAGAUCAAAUCGCGGAGCUCGGCCCUCGAGUUUUCGAAGCGAGGUCCGAAUUGUAGAGGCUGCUUCGAAAUUUUCUUGAAGACUGUGUGCGGACAUGUCUACACCGUUCGCGAACGCUGUCAGCCGAAGGGCUUGGUAUGCGCAGGUUCUGAAUUAUUGAUUGUUCACUGGGACGAUCUCACCUUGGAUUUGGGCAAAGGCAAGUGUCAAACCUGCCUUAGAAUUCACAAGUACCAGGCAAACCACUCAGAAUCUCUCAGUAAGCAAUACGCUAGCCGGUUCAGGUUCAAACCGACGAAGAUAGCUGCGAAGAAGAGAAUGGAGGCUGUCAAGGAGCAGUGGCUGAGAGAGUGCGUCGAACAGAACAUCCCCGUCUCCGGCCUCACCCGUGCACAGGCUGACGCUCUUGCAGCUGAGAAGGACAAGGUAAAAGCAGAGGUUUCACCCUCAAGCUCUAAGGAAGACUCAAAGCCUUCUCAGUUGGUCAUCCCUGACUUUUCCGACUUUGUAGGCGACCACCCCGGAAUGCUGCACGACCCAAACUUAGAGACCGAGUGGACGAAGCGAAGCAAGUGUCUUGUGGAAAAGGUAGGGGGUGUCUCUCGCGCAGAGACCAAUCCUGAUGUCCCGCAAAUUCCUAUUGAUGACCCCAGCCCCGCGUUUAUUUUCCGCUCCCCCUUUCUCUCGAAGUCUCCUACUAACCAGGCCCACGUGGAAACUGAGGAUCAGACCUCCUCUGAGACAAAAUGUUCGUAG